CCCACCCACCCUCAGUGUCUGCUUUCUUUCCCUUCUCUAAGUCUUCUCACAUACGUAGCUAUAACUUUGCCUCCUUCACAUCCUGUCUUUCUUGGGAGCUUGGCAUUACUUCACUGAAUUGUUCAUUUACUGAUGAUCUACAGAGUCACCAUGAGGACCAAAGCCAUCCUUCUUAUGUCAGUGUUUAUACUGAUACUCUUGAUUCCCGUAUCUUUUGCUACCGGCACUCAAAACUAUACUCUAGAGAACAAUACGACAUCUACUCAAACUUUAGGCUAUUCACACUCUCCCUCUGGAGCUACAAACAGCACAACAACAUCCUCCCCAACAUCCAAUUCAGUUACAACCGUUGUUCCAUCAGAUACAACAAAUACAGCUCUAUCUCGCACAACUUCCUCACCCUCCACAACCGAAAAGGCAGUGAAGAUUUGGCUUAUUGUCAUUCUGUUGGUCAUCAUGGUUUUGAUGGUGCUUGUGGCAUAUCUCCAUCACGUGUGCCAGCAGUCCGACCAUAGCGGCUCUGUGCCCAGGUUCCUAUUAGAUGUGAGGGAGAGGCUGAGAACCUGGAUCAGGAACCUGGAGGACCACCUGGGUGUUCAGCUUUGGCCAGGGGACAAGAGACCAGCAGAGGAUGCCAUGGAGGAGGAUGCCAUGGAGGACACAGAAGGAGGACAGGCAGAUGAGUUAGAGGUGUGGAGGGGUGGAGAAGGAGCUAACAAUGAACUAAGCAACGAGGAAAAAGGAGAACACAAGGAGGAAGACAGCGACACUUCGGAUGACUGCUCAAGUUUGGAGGGGGAUGAUCUGAGGGAGAGGGCACUAAACAGACAGAAUGAAGAGGAGGGGAACCAGAGCAAGGACAAGGAUGAGGAUGAAACGAGUACCUCAAGUGAUGAAGGUCAAAGUCAUUCAGAAGGAAUGAGUGGUGGAAAUAAAGAUGAAGAUUCUGAAGAGACUGCACUUGUAAUCUCCCCUCAGCAGGAUUUAUGUGAUGUGACUGUUUUAUAGUGAAACGAUGCAUGAGUGAAGGAGAAGAUUCUGUUUUUAAUGUUACAGAGUUUAGAUAGUUACUUUAUCGACACCAAAUCAAUAAAUAAAUCAAUACAUUUGCCUUUUUCAUAGUUGUCUCUGUGCUCUACCACUGAAACUCCGAUGUAAAAAAAAAAAACACUGUCAGUGUGUGAUGAUCUUCAAAUAAACCUUUAAAAAAAUCCUCCUCUGUCUGGAAUUAACAUGAAAUUCAGAUGGCACAAAGACAGCUUUUUUACUGAUGAGUACAUAAGUGACUACACCUUACAAAGUUAUAUUCAAAAUACCUCUCUUCAAAAGCACUCCAGUAUAAUGAGCAGACACCGUCCAUGGGCUUUUUCUCCAAAGGCCCAUGGUGAUAAGAAGCAUCAACACCAACUAAUUUAAAGACCUAUUUGCCAGAUAUCAAAUAUUAAAAUAGAUUUCUAUUUCUCAUCAGCCCUACUGUUGCAGAUUUAUUAUGUGAAAAUGUCUAUUUAUUGCCUUUUCUCACUUCCAGAUCUCUUAUAGGAAAAAGCUCCAGAUUCUGAGGUCGUCUUCAGUGUUUUGGUUACCUGGUUGAUGUAAACUAUGACAACCCCCUUUUUAUAACUAAAAUAUGGAAUUAUAUUUAUUUCCAAAGCCAUGUGCUAGAAAGAACAUAAUCAUGUGCAACUAACUUCUUUCACAGGCACAGGUAUUUAAUGACACUCACGCAUCUAAAUUCAGCAACCUGCUUUGCAGGUGUGUUCAAUUCAUGAUGGUUUCAAUCUUGAAACCUCUUCUUACUAAGGAAGCUGAGAAAAUUUCAAUUAACCUCCAAACUUCUUAGCAGCCUGCACAACAAAGAGUGUCCUGACAAACUCCAUCACAGUGUGGUAAUUCCAACGGCACAGUUUGCCUGUGGAGUACCCCUCCCACCACUACAG